AGAAUAUUGCAGCGGAGUCACACCGUACUGGAGGAUAAUGGUUAGCCAGUUAUAGUAGAUAUUCCAUGUAUAGUGCGCGGUAGACAGCCGAGUACGACACUCGCUCGCCAGUCAAACUGCUGCGCCGACGCGACCUCCGACAAUCACUAUACCCUCAAUGACCAUUUCCUGAGCAACCUGGUAGCCAUGUGCAGAACUUUAGCAUAAUUUAGUUAACUUUACCAAAUUUUUAUUAAUUUUAGUGAUAUUGAAAGUGAUAUAGAUAAUUUAAUUAAUUAAUAGUAUUAUUAUACUUUAAAAAAGUGAUAAUUUCAAAAUGGAAUACAAAUGUUUAUUUUUCUUUAUUUUAAUUUGUGGCGGAAAUGCCACCUUAGAUUUAGCUGGAGGUCCAAAGAGUAACGGCACGUUCCCUAAGGACUUCUUGUUUGGCGUGUCCACGGCAGCUGUGCAAAUUGAAGGAGCCUGGAAUGUGGAUGGCAAAUCCGAAAGCAUUUGGGAUUACCUUAUACACAACAAUCAAAGUUUCGUCAGGGAUGGUUCCAACGCCGACGUAGCCGCAGACUCGUAUCAUCUGUACAAGAGGGACGUUGAAAUGGUCCGUGAGCUCGGAGUUGACAUCUACCGGUUUUCCAUAUCCUGGCCGAGGGUGCUUCCCACUGGUCGCACCAACGUGAUCAAUCCUAAAGGCAUACAGUACUACAGUAACUUAAUAGAUGAAUUACUCAAGUACAACAUCACUCCUAUGGUCACUAUGUACCACUGGGAUCUCCCUCAAAAACUACAAGAUCUUGGUGGAUGGACAAACGGGCACAUAGUGGACUAUUACAUCGACUACGCUAAUGUAUUGUUCCAAAACUUUGGCAGCAGAGUGAAGUAUUGGGUCACGUUUAAUGAACCGAUGCAGACCUGUUUGGAAGGCUACGGAGGCACUUACAGAGCCCCAGCACUGAAUAGGCACGGCGUAGCUGAAUACCUUUGCACCCAUAAUCUGUUGAAAGCGCACGCGGGUGCCUACCAUCUGUUCAAUGACACAUAUCGUAGUUUGAAUGGAGGAAAAAUUGGAAUGUCUUUAGAUUCUAAUUGGGCUGAGCCAAAAACGAAUUCAUCGCGAGAUAAGGAAGCCGCUGACUUGUAUUUAAAAACACAUAUGGGUUGGUAUGCUCACCCGGUUUACUCCAGCGAAGGCAACUAUCCUCCAGAACUAAUAAGACUGGUCAAUGAAAAAAGUCGCAAACAGAACUACACAAGAUCUCGCUUGCCAGUAUUUAGUGAGGCCGAAGUGCAGUACAUUAAAGGGACGGCAGAUUUCUUUGGACUGAACCAUUACACGACUUAUCUGCUCAGUAUGGCGGACAAAGAAGUGGGCGCCAUACCUUCUCACGAAAAUGACGUUGGCAUCGUGAGGAUUCAAGAUUCCAGUUGGCCUUCGAGAUCUUCUUCGUCGUGGUUGAAGGUGGUGCCAUUCGGCUUCCGUCGUCUACUCAACUACAUAACGAAGAACUAUAACAAUGUCCCCAUCAUUGUGACCGAGAAUGGUUACGCUGACUUCAGCGGCGUCGCCGACCACGCCAGGGUCUCCUACUACAGCCACUACUUGAACGCUCUCCUUCACUCCAUCCACGAAGAUCACGCCAACGUCCAGGGUUAUUUCGCCUGGAGUCUCAUGGACAACUUCGAAUGGGACGACGGAUACGUGUCCCGCUUCGGUCUAUAUCUGGUGGAUUUCGACAGUCCGAACAAGACUAGGUCGCCCAAGUACUCAGCCAAACUGUACUCGGGCGUGGUUGCAACUCGCCGUUUGCCAGAAAACUACGACCCCGAGGAUUUCACAGCUUUCUCUUCGGCAUCAAACAUGACCCCGGCAAUUCUUUCUCCACUACUCAUCUACACGAUAUUACACUGACAACCGUGUAAAUAUCACACAAUACUUGUAUAUAAAACUGUAAGUCUAACUAACAUUAAAAUUUAAGUAACAAAAUCGUAAGUUUUCAACUUGAUCCCUUAAAUAAAAAUUAGCUUAGUCUUAGCCUUAAAUAGUGAGAAGGAAUUUGUCGAGGGUUCAGUUCAGUACUCGACGGUGGUGAGUUUCUUGGCGUUGUCUCUGGCCACUUCGCGUUUUAAAUGGGCCUGGAUACAGGCAAAGGACUUGCCCUUAGUUUCUGGUAGCACUAAUAUCAUGAACACCAGACCCAUAAAAGAGAACGCUGCGAACCCCCAAAAUACUGUAUAAAUUUCGUAUGCAUCUUUCACCACCUGGAAAAGAGGAAAGUAUUUUGUUAAUUAUAACGUUGUAAAACAAAUAUGACUCUAUAGUCAUCCAUCGCAAUUUUAAUCAUUUGGGACAUAACUUCAUAAGAGAUUAAAGACUUCAAAGGUAAUUGUUUAAAAUUGACCUAUGUAAUCAUCUCUUUUACAUGAAUUGGAAGAUUACAUUAAAUCUAAAAUUGUCUAUAUUCUUAAAUAAAAUUUGUAAAAUGAUUAUGUAUAAUUUUUAAUUUAAACUGAAUACCCUUUUUUAUUUCUUUGAUAUUUUGAAUUGUAAAACAUUAAAACUUGGCUGUUUUUACUUUUAAGAUAUUGUGAUCGAAUGAAAAUACAAUUAUAUUGAACGUGAUUUUUCUAUAAUUAAAAAUAUCGUAAAUGUAUUGAUUUUACUUGACAUUUGAUUUUCUAUUUGAACUGAAUACUAAAAAAAAACGUGAAUUGCAAAAACAAAAUCUAAAUUAAGUUGUUUUUACUCAUAAGAUAAUGUAAGAUUUAAUUGAAUGUAAAAUGUAUUUUAUGCAUUUGAUGACUAAAAUAAAUGCUAUUAUUGAGCGGAUCGGACAAGAAUUUUAAUGACUAUUCCCUAUUUAAUUAAAAAAAUAAAUAGAUUGGGCGACAUUGCAAAUACCCUCGCUACUAGUGCACAGAUUUAUUUAGAAACCUUUGGUGGUUGCGCUUUGUCGAGGGAUAUUCUCCUUACCUAAUACUUAUUGCUUUUGUUUUUCAUUUCCUCUUGAUCUAAGAAGUCGUUUAUAAUCAUAGUUCUGAGCGUAAAUCUAAUCUAGCUUGUCACUUUGGUACUCAUAUAGCGGCAGUAGCUGUAUAGAUAAUAAAACAUCAAAUAAAGGAAACGUACCUGGAAGAGCUUUUGAACUGCGAACAUAGAGAUGCCGGUGUAGAUGUGUGCUAUGCAAGAGGCAUACAGCUUAACGUUUGUCGGGAACAUCUCACCGAUGAUGACGUACGGCACAGUGGACAAACCGAUGGCGUAGCACACGAUGUAGACCAGCAACGCCAUCAGGGGCAGCCAGCCUAAGUUCGACACUGACCCCUUGUACGUGAUGUCGAAGAAGAAGUACGUUCCGAUCGUUCCGUUCAUCAGCCCGACUCCGAUAGCUGACAGAAGCAAAAGGGGCUUCCUUCCAACUCUAUCUACCAAUAUCACAGAGAGCACACAAGUAGCCACUUGCACACAUCCCAGUAUUAUAGAUUCUUGAUAAGGUUCUAUCGACGCACUAACUUCUGCAGUAGCAUUGGCAGCCAGCGUUCCCUGAGUCGUGCAGUUGAAUAUCACUUGGGCGUAAGCUACCACAGCGGCACUGCCGCACAGCUGUUGUAUAGUAAAUAUACCCAGACAAAUCCACAUAGCUUUUCUAUUCGUGGCUUCCGUGACGAGAUCGCUCCAAGUGCCUCUGUUUUUCAUGUCCUCUUGAACGUUUAUUUCAAUGUUUUUAAGCUCUGUUCUAAUAUCACCAGAACGCAAGUUCCUUAAGGAACGUUCGGCUCUUUCGCUGCGUUCGAAUUUCAGGUAAUAAUAAGGCGACUCAGGGAGAAACAGAAAAGUGAUUAUGAAAGUUAAAGGCAGGAUCAAGUUGAUGCCGGCAAGGGUGCGCAUCGUGACGAAAGGUCCGAUGCAGUACUGGGCAAGAAUUCCGACCUGAAAUUUAUUCAUGAGAGUGAUAAGCGUGGAGAGAGCGCCCCGCACUUCGUUCGUGGCGAUUUCCCCCGUAUACAUGGGGGCUACAGUGUACACGAUGCCGUAGCCAAGCCCGGAGAACAUUCUGGCGACGUACAACAAGGCGACAGACUUGGCUACAAUCACGAGCACCCAGCCAAGUAUGAAGGGUAUCGCGCCGAGGAGUAGGGUGGUUUUUCUUCCGAACCUGUCCGCGAGGUAAGCGGACGGGACUGGUGUGAGCGCUGAGCACAGGAUCAUGAUUGAGACUAUCCAUGAUCCCUGGUCUGCGGAAGUGGGUAUUGAGCUUUCAGGAGACUGGAGGUACGGCAGCGUCGGCGAUGGCCAACCGUAGCAGGUACCCGCUGUUGCGGUGAUGAGUGUUG